GCAUCGUGAGCAUAUAAAUCAACUCAAAAGCUAAUACAUACACUUCAAGGCCUGUAAGCUUGCAUCUCACAGGAAGCGGGGUGCAAGGAACAGCUCCCCAUAAUUUCUGAACCAGAUCGCCAGAAAAGAAAAGAAAAAAAAGAAAAGGCGAAAAAAAAAAGCUCUCCAUAUCUCAACCACAGCGAGAGAGCUCAGACACUUUGACCAAAGCAGGCUAUGAAUUGACCGUACUAAGUACAUCUGAGGCAAGUACUCCGUAGCGCUACUCCAUGCUUGGCUCUUACCCCUCCAGUCAUGAUGGCUGUGAUUUCUCGGUGAGGUACAAAUCUUUGUUGAUUGGGGAGGCAAGAGUAAAGUACCCCCUGAAGGUGAGCUGUACCUUACUGAGCUGUACUGCGCUGUGCCAACUGGGCUCUCCCGUCUUUUAUUAUUAUCAUCAUCACCACACCAAAUUUCUUCCUCUCUCCCUCUUCUUCUCUUUUCUUCUUCCUUCUCAUCUCUCAACCUUUUUCUUACCAACGACAAAAACAAGACUUUAGUACCAUCCCGCCCCCUUACGCUUCGACCUUUGCGAGCUCCCUCCAUCGAACGUCGUCAAUAAAUAAUACCAGGAAGAGUGCGCACGUUCCUCUGCCUCUCUGACCACAUCAUCCUUCUGGGUUAUUAUCGUACGGUGCAACAUUCGUACAACAAAAUCCAUAUACUCCUGUAAGUCAACAUGCUGCUGCUGCUGUUGCUGUUGCUGCACAUGAAUGGAGACGACUGCUGUGGCUUGGGCCUUUUGGGGUUUGGUCUACCGGCCCCCCAAAAUGAUGGCGAUAACGAUAUGGAGGUGUGGCAUAUACCCGUCUUUGCAGAUGCGCUUCUGGCUUUUGGGUUGCAGUAGCAGUUCAGAAACACUGGAUUCCUUGCGACCCAUCAACAGUGCGAAACAAGGUGUCGGGUUUGGACUCGGUUCUUCUGGCCCGAUUAGCGAUUAUCUGACGAUUCUGUACUCGGCCCAUCUAUUGAGCUCAUGGGUCGUCUUUUGUCCUUCUCGCCAACCAAGCCAGCCAGACUCUGUCGCACCGACUGCUCUGUCCACCGAGAAAUGCCACGCCCCAUUGCUAUCGCCUUUCCCACCACGUCACUUAACGUCAGAUCAGAUCCACGUUAGCCCCAUGUACUUGCCUACAGCUCACGGAUGCAUCCCUGUUGGCCUGCAUAGCAAGUGCCCGCAGAACGACCUGAUCUUUCUGCUCUGCUACUUGUUGGCUGCUGAUAUCAGUUGAUUGAGAGAGACAUAUAUUUCCCGUCUUCCCCAACUGUUCCGGGCUGAAUUCCUCACGUCUUCAUUCUCUUGCAGCAGAGCUACCCCGCCAAGCUCAUCCCGCCCACUACGCAACAUCUGCUAACCACUUAUUUCACAAUGGCUCAGAAACCCUCACACAAGCAUUCCAAAAGCGUCAUGGCUGCUACCGCUCAGGACCACCUCGAGUUCGGAGGCAAGAUCUCAUGGCUUGCUUCCCUCGACACCGCUUUCCGACCUCAGCGCAACUACCGCCGCUCCUCCAUCAUCUGCACCAUUGGCCCCAAGACCAACUCUGUUGAGGCCAUCAACAAGCUCCGAGAUUCCGGUCUUAACGUUGUCCGCAUGAACUUCUCCCACGGAUCAUACGAGUACCACAAGUCUGUCAUUGACAACGCUCGUGAGUCCGAGGCUACCCACGCUGGUCGCAAUGUUGCCAUUGCUCUUGACACCAAGGGCCCCGAGAUCCGAACGGGCAACACUCCCAACGAUGAGGAUAUUCCCAUCACUGCUGGCCACGAGAUGAACAUCACCACCGACGAUUCUUAUGCCACUGCCUGUGAUGACAAGAACAUGUACGUCGACUACAAGAACAUCACCAACGUCAUCGAGCCCGGCCGUGUCAUCUACGUCGACGACGGUGUUCUCGCUUUCGACGUCCUCGAGAUCAAGGACGAGAAGACUAUCCGAGUCAAGGCCCGCAACAACGGUGCCAUCUGCUCCAAGAAGGGUGUCAACCUGCCCAACACUGAUGUCGAUCUGCCCGCUCUUUCCGAGAAGGACAAGGCUGAUCUCAAGUUCGGUGUUGAGAACAACGUCGACAUGGUUUUCGCCUCUUUCAUCCGCCGCGCUCAGGACAUCUAUGACAUCCGUGAGGUUCUCGGCGAGAAGGGCAAGCACAUUCAGAUCAUCUCCAAGAUUGAGAACCGACAGGGUCUCAACAACUUCAAGGAGAUCCUCGAGGCCACUGAUGGUGUCAUGGUUGCCCGUGGUGAUCUCGGUAUCGAGAUUCCCGCUGCUGAGGUGUUUGCUGCCCAGAAGAAGCUCAUUGCCAUGUGCAACCUCGCUGGCAAGCCCGUCAUCUGCGCUACUCAGAUGCUCGAGUCCAUGAUCAAGAACCCCCGCCCCACCCGUGCUGAGAUCAGCGACGUCGGUAACGCCAUCACUGAUGGUGCCGACUGUGUUAUGCUUUCUGGUGAGACAGCCAAGGGUAGCUACCCCUCUGAGGCUGUCAAGGAGAUGCACGAGACUUGUCUCAAGGCCGAGAACACCAUCCCCUACGUCUCCCACUUCGAGGAGAUGUGCACUCUCGUCAAGCGACCCGUCUCCACUGUCGAGUCUUGCGCUAUGGCUGCUGUCCGUGCCUCCCUCGAUCUCGGUGCCGGUGGUAUCAUUGUCCUCUCCACCUCCGGAGAGUCGGCCCGCAUGCUUUCCAAGUACCGACCCGUGUGCCCCAUCUUCAUGGUCACCCGAAGCCCCACAACAUCUCGAUUCGCCCAUCUGUACCGUGGCGUGUACCCCUUCCUGUUCCCCGAGACCAAGCCCGACUUCACCCAGGUUAACUGGCAGGAGGAUGUCGAUCGCCGAAUCAAGUGGGCCGUCAACAACGCUCUCCAGCUCAACGUUCUCACCCCCGGUGACACCGUUGUCGUUGUCCAGGGCUGGAAGGGCGGCAUGGGUAACACCAACACCCUCCGAAUCGUCAAGGCUGACCCCGAGCACCUUGGCAUUGGUCAGCUUCAGUAAAGCAUAAAAGUCUCUUAAAGAUGAACCUGGAGUGAUGGGGAAUUGUUUAAUGCGAAAUUAGUAAUGAUAGACAGGGCAAUGGUUGUUUCCAAGGUUAGGGUACUGGUUUACGAGUUCAGAAUCACGUAAAGGAAUAAACAGGGCAAGUCCCUUUGCAUCAUAUCAUUUUCGUCUGUGAAUUGUGUCCUCCAAGCGAGUAAGUCACUCAUCAUAAAGUAAACAUUUAGUAGACUUGAUAUUGCGGAACACUACGGAUACCAGGCCGAUAUCCCGCCGUAUAAUGUCCAGUACAUCUCUCGCCUCAACACAUGUGUCCCUAAAGACCCGCCUAUCCGAAGUCUUCUAGCCCACACAUGCAGCCAAGGAUUAAAGGGCUGAGCCAUGGAAAGGCCCCGAGCUAGGGUCCGGAUCUCUCGAUUCAAGGGUACAUUGCUUACCCCUGACGAUACGAUAUAUGAUGAGACGGGUCUACGGUUUUGUGGUCCGUGUACAAAGGUGUGGUCUGACUUCAUAAAAGGUCGGUGAUAACCGAUUCUGGCAUGAUAGUGAUGAUUGAGGUGAAUAGUCGGUCCUUCAAGAUGAGCUUUUGAUACCGUGCUGGGUUGGUGAGGUGGUGAGAUGGGUGCCCAGGGAUUGACGAGAGCUUUAGGACCCUUUCUGAUGGACGUAAAUGAUUGGAUAAGUUCGCGAUAGCUUAAUGUAUACUUAGGGCGCUUGAUGGCUCGUUAUUCAUUACACCUGGUUGAGGGUGUUGCUGUAGGUCUAGUGGAUCAAGGUGCUGGUGUUUACACGCAGGGGAUGUCAUGAUGAGAUGGCACUGUCGGUGCUUUUGACGGAGUUCUUAUGACAAGGUCAGGUCAUCGAGGGUGCACAAGUUGUCCAUGUUCAGUCGCUAUAGUGGAUAUUGCGUGAAUGCCGUGUAGUUGUACAGCAUCGUGAGAUAGGCAUUGAAAGGUUUCCUUGACAAGACGCCUCUUUAUGCGUGAUGACAACUUUCUGUCAUCUUGUCCUGUCUCAUGGCCCUGGAGGUUCGGCUCGAGCCACAUCGGUUGUAUCCAACGGCCAUGCAUUCGCGCGUGUGAUCAACGCCUCAUCUGCAGCUCCGUUGUAAAGCCAUUGGAGCAGUCUCACUCAGACGGUAAUGCAGUGGACGAGUAAUAAGUAAGUGACUUCGUAAAUGAAUAUGCUAACGAAUGCUGGGUUCCCUC